AUGGGCAAAGGCAAACGCGGACAUGAUGAGGUUGAUGAGGAGGAGGACAUUGUCGAGAACGACGAUGGUGCGGAACGCAAAACCAAGAAGAGCAAGAAUGCCGCGUCAAGCAGUAGUAAUGAAGAUAAGUUCUGGGAGCUCUCCAAUGGCAAAAAUCCCCGGAGACUCAACGUCUCAGAGUUUAAAGGCAGCAAGCUUAUAAGCAUUCGAGAAUACUACGAGAAAAAUGGUGAAUAUAAGCCUGGCUCUAAGGGUGUCUCACUCAACAUUGAGCAAUACAAGGCUCUCCUCAAAUCAAUUCCGGAACUGAACGCACAUCUGAAGACUAUGGGUGUUGAUGUAUCCGACUCGGAGAUCCCCGAGAAUGGACCCGAAGAAAAUUCCAAAUUACAGAAGCGUGUCAGGGCGAAGAAACAGGAGAAGGCCAACAUCGAAGCCACCUCGGACGAGGAUGAAGAGUAA